AUGCCUCAUCUGAACCCUCGCGACGCGGCCAGUUGGCAGUCGUUGACGCAAUUACGGCACUGGUUAAAUGAAUUAGAACGCGACGCUAGUCUUACGGUAGAUCUGUGUGAUCGGCCGGGAAUCCGUGAAAUGACGAAUACGGUACAGGGAAUUAUGGACCAUAUCCGGAUGAAAAUCAUGGACGUGGUUGGUAUAGCUGACGCUAGCGGUGCUGAGCUUGUCAAACAGAAAGCAAGAGAUCUGGUUGAAGACAUGGAGCGGGUCGCACGACAAUGCGAAAAACGUCGCGCCACGUUGCAGCAGAUUGGCGAACAGAGCCGUGUCUGGAAUAAUGCUCGCGAUGCGAUGGAACUAUGGAUGCGAGAAGCUGACGCUAUGAUCGGUAACAAGCGUUCCGAAGAAACGACCGAUGAGGCAGUGCAGGACGAACUGAAGGCCAUUGAGGGUCUCAUUGGUGAACUCGAAGAGAAAAAAGCCGCAAUCAAGGACGUGAACGCUAAGGUGAGAACCAUUCCAGAGUCCCUUUACUGA